AUUAAAAGAGACAAAAAAAAAGCACAAUGGUGACGUCAUUUAUCACAUUUUUUGAUCAAUUUUUGGCGAAUUAUCUUAGCCAAAUCUAAUAAAAAACUGAGUCUCUUUGGAGACAUAUUAUUCUUUUUUUAUCCUUAAUAAAACUACGAUAAACCCGAUUGUUUCAUCUAAUAUGGAGUUUUCCAUACGGAAGUGACUAAACUCCUUUUCUUUCGAGCAUUUUUUGCAAGUAGAAAUUACAAUAUCCUAAAGAGAUGACAAAAAUAUCAAUUUAUCAAAUAGCCUGAAGAUUCUUGGAAUUUAUAUAAAAAUAAUGCAGAAUGUGACCUCUCGGCGCUUUGAAAAUCAAAAUUGAUUGCACACACUCCACUCUAUACCCAAUUUAUUCCCUACUCGCAAUCGCAACGGGUCACCCACACGCUGGAGGAAAAAAAAUAUUCUUCAUGUCCCAAAGGGCCACCACCGUGCUGAGGAAAAUGAUUAAAAUUAUAUUCCACGUCACAAUCAGGCAAAGAGGGAUUUUUAUGCUAUCAGACACCGUGGCGAGGGUCCGAAAAUGUGCGUCGCAGGGCCCUUUAAAUUAAGUAUCUCUGUUUAGUAUAUCGUGACUAUAGCAGCAGCACACACACCGCAGAACCACCCUCUGAACCAGAUGGUAAUGUUGUGACGAAAACCACCCCCACAUUUUUUCGAGAAAAAAAAACCUACUCAUUGUGAGUAAAUUGACGACAAAAGCGGUGGAUUAAAAAUAAACCAAUUCUUAUACUGUGAAACAACUGAAAAGUAUUAAAUGUGCUAUUAAUCAUAUUAAAAAGAAAAUAUUAAAUCACGAUUUUAAGCAAAAGAAUUACAUUUAAAAAAAAUUGAACCGUGAGGAAAAUCUCGUUUUAAAAAAAAAGUGAACGAAGAACCGAAGAAAAUUGUUGUUUUCCAAUUUUAUAUACAAAAAAAAAGUAAAAAAGAAAACGCAUAACAAUAAAUUUAAUAAGAAAAAAAAUUUAGUGUAUUGUGUGGAAUAUUUUUAAGUGAUUUUAAAGAAAAUUUACUCUGCUAACGAAUAUAAUACGAGGAAAUAGGUGAGAAGGAGAAUUUGCAUAAAUUUAACUGAAAAAAAAACGAGAAAUUACGCAGAUUUUUGGGAGGCUCAGUGGCGUGUAAAAAAGCAGGACAAAAAGGAUUUUCCAUUGUGAGGAGAGGAAAUCAAGAAGUUUACAGCACGUGGCAAAAGGGGUUGGAUUUGUGCAUCGAAGGGUGAGGGUUUAGAGAAAAUACAAAAAACAUGACUAACACGAUGGAAACUGCAGUGGCACAGAAUGGCACAACACAGACAGCUGCCAACAAUGGCAAUCCCGGUGAAGGGAGUCAGGAUGAAUCCCGGACAAAUCUCAUUGUCAACUACUUGCCGCAAACUAUGACGCAGGAAGAGAUGAGAUCCCUCUUUGCCAGCAUUGGGGAGCUUGAGAGUUGCAAAUUGAUUCGCGACAAGGUUACAGUCUUUCCUGCAUCUGGUAAUCCGGCACUACAGCAAGGUAAGAUAUGUCAGAGUUUGGGAUAUGGUUUCGUGAACUAUCAGAAACCAGAAGAUGCCGAAAAGGCCAUCAACACACUUAAUGGAUUGAGGCUUCAGAAUAAAAUCAUUAAGGUGUCCUUUGCACGCCCCAGUUCGGAAUCGAUAAAGGGGGCGAAUUUGUAUGUUUCUGGAUUACCAAAAAGCAUGACACAACCCGAGCUGGAGGGUCUCUUCUCCCCCUUUGGACGUAUUAUAACUUCACGUAUCCUGUGUGACAAUAUCUCAGUUCAACAAUUUGUGGCGAAUGAUUUGCCAACAUCGGGUAUGUCCAAAGGUGUGGGUUUCAUCCGUUUCGAUCAACGACAUGAGGCAGAACGUGCCAUCCAGGAGCUGAAUGGGAAGAUCCCCAAAGGCUGCACGGAGGCAAUCACUGUUAAAUUUGCCAACAACCCCAGCAACAAUGCAAAGGCUCUCCCACCUUUGGCGGCUUAUUUGACGCCCCAGGCCACGCGGCGUUUUGCUGGAGCCCUCCCAGCUGGGAGAUUUAGCAUUGGGAAAAGUCCAUUGCUUGCUAUAAACAAGGGUUUGCAGAGAUAUUCCCCCCUGGCUGGAGAUUUGCUGGCAAAUACAAUUCUUCCGGGUACCGCAAUGACUGGGUCCGGAUGGUGCAUUUUUGUGUACAACCUGGCCCCGGAGACGGAAGAGAAUGUCCUGUGGCAGCUCUUUGGGCCAUUCGGAGCCGUCCAGAGUGUCAAAGUAAUUCGGGAUUUGCAGACAAACAAAUGCAAAGGCUUUGGAUUUGUCACGAUGACCAAUUACGAUGAGGCCGUCGUGGCCAUUCAAUCCCUCAAUGGCUACACCCUUGGCAAUCGCGUACUGCAGGUCAGUUUCAAGACAAACAAAACCAAGACCGCCUAAAAGGGGUUUUCUUCUGCAGACAAUGCUGAAUUGAUAUUUAAAGAAAAAAAAUUCUUCGUAAGUAAACAAAAAUGAGAUAUAAAUGGAUUUACAAAACCUACAUUAUUAUACUUAAAAAAAUAUAUUAAUUAAUAUUAUUAGAAAAUCAUCAUUUUAAAAAUUCAUAAAUUGACUUAUACGCAAGAAAAAUGAAACCAACACCAAACACUUUCCAAAGAAAAAAAAACCAACUCUUUUGUGAGUUGGGCAACAAAGUAAAAAAAAAAGAUUAAAAAAAAGAAACAACUCUUUAAAAAAAGAAUAUAUAUAUAAUGCUAUAGAGAAACGAAUGAAACGAAGAGAUUUGUGAAAAAAAAUGACGCUAUAAUCCCAAUAUUGCAAUAUUUUGAUACAUUUUUGAAUGAAGAUGAAAAAAGACAAAUAUUAAUAUUUAUAUAUUUAAAUGAGACAUAAAUUAUUAUAUACAUAUAUAACCUCUAAUCAAUUUUAUUGCACCCUUGGUCACUUUUUUACCAGAGAAAAAAGAAAGAAAUAAGAGAAAAACAAAUAUUGAAGGAUUUUUUUGUGUGAAAGGGGAAAAAAUAACCCCCUGCGAUAUAAAAAAAAUGAGUGAGAACGGGGAGGUUCUUUUUUUUCUUAUUAAAACAACUACCUAUACUAAAUAUUUUAUUCUAGUCUGGCAAAUUGCCAAUUUUAUCUCUUUAGGAUUUCUUUUUAAUUCUUAAAAUCAAUCGUGAGUUUUUAAUUAGACAACUUUUCCCAUUUUUUUAGAAGAUGUUUUACAAAUUUUAUUCUUUUAGCGAUCAUUCCAUUCCACGUGCGUGCUGGUAGUUGAUAUUAGGACGAUGUAAGGAGUGAAGAAAGUAUAAAAGUCACACAAUUGUAGAGAAAAGGAAAGAAAAAAAAGAAAAAGAGGGUGUAAGCAAUUCCUAGAUGUAAGUGUUGAAAGUUCUGUAAAUUGAACAAAAACCCAAGUUGUUGUAAAAUGAUAAAAAAAAUGAUGACCAUGUUGAAGGGGAAGUUCUUUUUGUCUGCAAAAAUUAAUGACGGAGAAGAAGAAAAACUUUCAGAAGAGAAAAAAAAAUAAGAAAAUAAACGAAGCGACACCGCCGAUGUCAUUUGAAUUCUUUAUCACUAUUUUUGGGUGUAUUUAGCAGAAAAGAAAAACUAAACGGAUGGACACGAAAAGAGGCCGUUCAGACUUAGAUUUCCGCAUGUAUCAAGUGGGUGGGUGUGAAGAAAAAGAUAAGUUAGAACGUUAGGUUACUGCCAGUCUCUGUAGUUUACUUAGAACGUCAUUCUUAGAAUAUUUCUAGAAGAAGCUUUGCAGCAUUUUGGAGCUUUUUUUUAACUUUGUCUAUUCUCAUCUGUUCUCUGUAAUCUUUCAAAUGAAUCCUAAAUUACUAAAUAACCUUAUUCUAACAAUACAUUCUAACCGUUCUAACCUACAAAUUCCUUAUUUUUCAAUUUUUCUUCAAUUUAUUUCCCAUAUUUAUUUUCAUUAUAAAAUCUUUGUAACGUAUAAAGGCCUGGCCCUACUUCUUCACCCCCAUUCCUGCUAAAUACCUAAGCUUUCAACGAAAGGACAUUCAUUUUUUUUCUAUAUACCUACCUACUAAAAUAUAGCAGUAAUCAUAAAAAUUUUGUUGCAGAGUGUAUUUUGUAUUAAAGAUUUCUUUAUAUUAGUAAAAAGAAAAUAUUCGCGCACAAUUUAUUUAAAAAGAAAUAAAGAGAAUGUUUUAAAAAAUCCAUGAUAAUAGUUUUAAAGAAAAAAAUGGCAAAGAAGGAAAGUUUUUUUUUUAAUUCUAUCGCAAGCUUUUUUGAAUUAUUUCUUUUAGUCCAAAGGAAAAUUCCCUCUUCUAACGGAAGUUUUGAAGAAGUUAAAAAAAUGCAUUAGAUUUUCCUUUAUUUCUUGCAUCCUUCCGCGUAAAAUUUUCGAAAAAUGGUAGGAUUGAAAAAACAAAAGAUUUAAAGGAAAUUAAGAAAAACAAGGCUAAAGUGCAAGAUUAUUGAGAUACUCAUACGAAAAGAAAAUGAAGAAAUGAUGGAAGAAAAAAACACGAAUUAUAUUUAAAAAGAAUGAAAAACAAAUACUCUUAAAAAAUUGAUAUUUAAAAGAAAUUUCAAGAAAAAAAACAAAUAGAUCUCUAUUCUGUAAUUCUUCACUCAAACUUUAUAUUUAUUAUUCAUAAAUAGAUGAAAAAAAUGAAGAUUUAUGUCUUAUAAGAAUGAAAAAAAAAGUAUAGUCAAAUCGUAUUAUUUAAAAAAAAAUAUUUUUAAUCCAAAAAAUGAAGAAGAAAUGAGAAGUAAAUGAUAAAAAAAUAAAAAAUAUAGUGAAAUUGUUCUUUUAUGUCUAAAAAAAUGAAAAAGAAAAAUCCAAUAAAAAAAGAUAUUAAUUUGUAAAACGAUCUCUAAUUAAAAAAAAUUAUCAAUAUGCUGUGUGCUUUUAAUGAUAAACAAAAAAAAGAGGAAUGAGAAGAAAUUAAAACAAAUGGGGAGAAAAGAAAAAUUUUUAUAAAUUUUAUAUAUAAAUUCAAAUUUAGUGUGAUGUAUUUUCGUUUUUUCUGUUGUAAUUGUGUUUUUAAAUGAAAAAAAAAGAAGAAGAAUAUGUUUGUAAUGUUUAUCGAUGGAAGAAAAUUUUCUUUAUAAAAUUACUUUGCAUGCUUUUUCACUCACAACCUUUCUUUUUAAGUUAAGAGACAAAAAAAAAACAUUUUUUUCUAGUCAAAAUGAUAAAAAUAGUCACUAAUUUAUUAAUUCUUAUAAUAUAUUUAAUUUUUAAUGAAAAAAAAAACAAAUAUUAGUGGUAUUCGUAUCUUUGCGUAUUUAUAUUAGAUGAAUUAUCAUAAACUUUUCAUUAAUUUAUUAAUUUAAUUUAUUUAUGUAUUUAUUUCAUAAGAUGAAUGGAUUUAAUUUAUAUUUAUUCACAUAUUUUACAUGAAUAACUUUAUAUUUUUAAUGUCUCGUAAUUUAUUUAUAUUUUUCUUCAAACAAAAAAAAAAGAAAAUCCCUUCAUUUGCCGUAGAAAGGAAAAAAUAAUCAGCAAGAUGGUAAAGAAAAACAAUUUUCAAUGGUUGGGCAUUUUGAGAUUUUUCGUCAAAUAUUUCAAGAAUAUAUUAACAAAAACAUGAAAAAAAAACCUUUACAUUCACUAUAAUCUUUUUAUUUUCUAUAAUAUGGUAAAUUUAUAAUGAAAAAAACAAAACUUUUAAUAAAACUUAUGUACUUCUCAAAGAAUGUGCAAUAAAGAGUAAAAAAAAUCCAA